AUGUGGUGGCUCUUUGCGGCGAAGCCAAUACGCUACGGUAUUGAAGAGUUUGCUCUUGUAACUGGUCUCCUGUGUGGUGAUGAAGAAUCGAGUGGAAAAACAGGUGGUUGGAACACGAGGAAGAAGGGCAAGAGCAAUCGCAAGAGGAAAGCUGAAGACGAAAGUGGACCCGUUUGGAAAGAGUUAUUUGGGAAGCCGUCUAAGAAAUACAAACCAGAGAUUCGACUGAAGCUGGCUCUUCUUCUACUCGUUGAAGGCAUAUUGUGCGUGACGAGUUCUGAAAGCCUUGUCCGACCUGACGUGGUGGAGAAGGUUGGGGAUGUGGAAGGGUUUUUGAGACAUCCGUGGGGUAGAGAAUCUUUUCUACUGACCGUUCAAUCGGCGAAGGCGAGGACUGCUGUUGAGUACGCAGAAGAGACUAUAGACAUACAAGGAUUUGUCCAUGCAAUGGUACUAGUGACGGUUUGUUGUUGCCCUGAAAUCAUUUUACCUGAAGGCGAGGAUGAUCCUCCGUUGGCUGCCGAUUUACCCAUCGAAGGCCUCGUAGAGAUUGUAGCUUCGAUGCAAUUGGGAAUCAACCUCAAGUUUUCCCAGAAAUUGGACAAGAAAGGGAAGGUUAAGGUGCGGUCACUUCUAUGCUAUGGACUUGAAUGGCCUCGUUUGACUAUUGCUGAGGAGGUUAAGGAUCCUGCUGUGGAUUGCAUGGUUCAGUUAAUAGUCAAACAUUUUCAGUUUGAAUUUAACACCUGGCGUGGCGGCGUGAAGUAUGAGGAUUUGAAAGGUAGGAAGCGGAAACGUGACUGUAAGGAGGAAUAUGAGGAAAGAUCAGAGAAGCUGUUUGCGCGGUUUGUUGAGAAUGUGAAAGAUCAUUUCAUUAAAAUUGUUGGGGAGAUUAGGGAUGAAAUUGGUACUCUUGAGGCGGAGAUUCAGUCCCUUGUGAGGGAUGAAGUAAGUGAAAUUAGGGCGGAGAUGCGGUCCCUUUUUGAAGCUAUGUGGACGAAGUACCCCGGGGAGAAGGGACACGCCGAGGGUGGAGGUGAUAGUGGAGAGGCUGACGGGAGCGUCCGGGAAAGCAAAAGUGAAGAUUCGGGAGAAGACGGCCCUGGACAAGAAGAACAAGAAGACAGACCUCGACAAGAAGACAGCCCUCGACAAGAAGACGGCCCUGGACAAGAAGAACAAGAAGACAGCCCUCGACAAGAAGACAGCCCUCGACAAGAAGAACAACAAAAACAUCAGCAAGAAGAAAACCUUCAACAAGCUCAGCAGAAACAAAAUGACGACUGGAAAUUUGAAAAAGUUGCAUCUAAACAGGACGUUUUAUCUCAAGAUGAAAAGGAUAAGAUUAAUGAAAAAAUCGAAGAUUUGACGUCCAGCGGCAUUGACAUUCGAUGUAUUCUAGGCCAGCUACACGUGUUUUUGUGGCCCAGCAGCGAGUGGCAGCAACCAGAUUUGGAGCAACUGUUCGGAGGAGACAAGCAGCAGAUAAGAAAGAUUUACCGCAAGGCAGUGCUUCAUAUUCAUCCAGACAAACAUGAUUGUGCUUCUGCAAAACAAAAAUACUGGGCAACACAGAUAUUUAAAAUUGUUCAGGGGAAAUGGGAGGAGUACGACAAAAAAAAUUGA